UGGUGGAGUCUGGUUUAAAUCACAAAAGAAUCUGAAACUUUGAUUCACCCUCAGUUAGAAAAAAAAACGCGUUUUUAACGCUGUGUAAGUUAAAGAAAAAUGUCCGCAAAGGACCGAGUGGACGUUUUACGAGAGCGCAACAAAGAUUUAUUGAACCAGUUGAAACAGCAGAGAGAGAAACUGGAGGGGCUGUUCGGCAGCAGACAGAGCCGCAAGAGGGAGAGAGAGGACGAGGCUGAGGAAAAGACAGACCCUGCAGAGGUCCUCAUCCUGACCGAUGGGGACCGCGGUCCUGCAAGGGCAGCCCUCGCCAAACCUACCAUGAGAUUUGCGGAUACAUGCGAGGGACAGACAGGCAUCCAGAGCACCGUGGCAACACCAUCUGUGACCUCCAAAGACAGAGGAGGGUCAACACCAUCAGAUCUGGUCACAGACAGCGACAGUCAACCACAAGUCCACGACAGGCUGCAGGAUACGAGGCCAGCCAGCACCAAGUCCUGUCUAGUAAAUAACAGAGAAAAGAGCAAGGUUCAGAGUCAGGUCACAUUUCAGUCUGAUGAGUGCGAUGAGAUAUCUGCCUCAGACAGGCAUCAUCUGCAGCCUUUACUCGGGUACGACUGGAUAGCAGGAGUCCUGGAUGCUGAGGACUCCUUGAUAGAGCACUCUGACGAGUUCUACAAUGACCUGCGCGUGUUUCGAUUGCUCAAUAAGGAUGAGUGCGUCCACAGCCCACAAGCAGAAUUUUCUGAGGAGAACCAUUUGGGCCUGCCACUGCUAACGGACCAGGACGGCCCAGAGGCUAACAAGGAUACUCAUCAGUGUACAUUCUCUUAUAGGAUUAACAGCAGACUGUUCCCUGUCCCACUUCACUCUCAGGAGUGCUGUCCAGUGUGCAAAAAGCAAAAAUCCUCCCACCCACACACUGCUGCUGAACCAGCUCUUAUCAGGGUCAGCAUCCCUCGCUCCACCCUCUUGCCACCUUACAAGUACAAAGCUCAUCGCAGAUGCAGUUUUGACCCUUCGGAUAGUGUGGGUUUACCAUCGCACUGUCUCUCAGGCUGGUCAAACAAAGGUCAGAGCACGCUGCCGCCACCCAGCAGCCUCGAUCUGCGGAGCAGUGUGAAUAUGAGGAGCACCGGGUCACAGAACAAGGAAUUGGAGGAUCUCUCUGCGCCCAAACUGCCCAGUAACCAGCUCCCUGACCAGAUCUCAGAUGUGUCUCGCUUGGCUCGUCAUAACUUCCAGCACUUCUCUCCCAAAAGAAAAUUAGGAAGUACAUCUUACUCUUUGCACUGACAAACCAUCAAAGUCUAUUUUUAAGUGAUUAUAGGAGUUCCUGUAAGCCAUCAGACGCCACCCCAAAUGAUUUCCUUUAUUUUAUGAUCAUGUUUUUAACAAUCUGCAUUGUAUUUUUUCAGAAAUGUUUCUCUCGGUAAUGGUUUUCUGUAUUAUCUGGGCUAAAUGUCUACACUACACUGUAAAAGCUGUUAUGACCGAAAUAAACAGUGAUCUC